CUUCGCAAUCCCCUCGCAGAACCUCCCUAAACCUCCCUAAACCUCGUACUCCAUCCAUCUAGCUACCCCAAGGGCCAAACUAACACCACCUGUCUGAGACGACGCGUAUGACAUGUUCUGAACGUCCAAAUAAUUUUGUUCAGCUUUCUCGUCAACUAAACAGGCACCGUUCCAUACGGCACUUCUAUUUUCUGGAGAAUGCGAUCUGCUACCCCCUGAGGCUUGCAUAAUCCGGAAUGGCUUCCAUCUUGUUCAAGCUAGGGCAAGUACUAUCAGUGCUCUGCCUUUUCGUUUCACGGUCUCAAUCUGCGGUUUCGAGCAUAGAUCUCGGCUCCGAAGGGCUAAAAGUCGCUGUCGUGAACCUAAAACCCGGACAGAGCCCGAUCUCAAUCGCGAUCAACGAGAUGUCAAAACGCAAAUCUCCGGCCCUAGUGGCAUUCCAUUCUGGUACUCGCCUUAUCGGCGAAGAAGCUGCGGGACUCGUUGCUCGGUACCCCAACAAAGUCUAUUCUCAAAUCCGCGACAUAAUUGGGAAGCCUUAUAAUUACUCAAAAAGCUUUCUUGACUCGAUUUACUUACCGUUCCCAAUCAUAGAAGAUUCUAGAGGUGCUGUCAAUUUUAAAAUCGAUGACGACGGUUCCAUUUAUUCAGUUGAGGAGUUAUUAGCAAUGAUUUUGGGUUAUGCGGUGAAUUUGGCGGAGUUUCAUUCGAAGGUGCCGGUGAAGGACGCAGUGAUUACAGUGCCGCCGUAUUUUGGACAAGCGGAGCGAAGAGGUCUGCUUCAGGCGGCCAAGUUGGCUGGGGUUAAUGUUCUUUCACUGGUAAAUGAGCAUUCAGGGGCGGCGUUGCAGUAUGGGAUUGACAAGGAUUUUUCUAACGGGUCGAGGCAUGUUAUUUUCUAUGACAUGGGUGCGAGCAGUACAUAUGCAGCGUUAGUGCAUUACUCGGCAUAUAGUGGUAAAGAACAUGGGAAGACUGUGUCGGUCAACCAAUUUCAGGUCAAGGAUGUUAGAUGGGACCCAGAGCUCGGGGGCCGGAAUAUGGAAUUACGGUUGGUGGAGUACUUUGCAGAUGAGUUCAAUAAACAAGUUGGAAAUGGGUUUGAUGUGCGGAAAUCUUCCAAGGCAAUGGCUAAAUUGAAGAAACAAGUUAAGCGUACAAAAGAAAUUCUUAGUGCAAAUACAGUGGCUCCAAUAUCAGUGGAAUCCCUCUAUGAUGAUCGGGACUUCAGGAGUACCAUAACUCGUGAGAAGUUUGAAGAGCUCUGCGAAGAUUUGUGGGAGAAGUCUCUCAUUCCAGUGAAAGAAGUGCUUAAGUAUAGCGGUCUGAAGGUGGAUGAGAUAUAUGCAGUGGAGUUGAUAGGAGGUGGUACUAGAGUCCCAAAGUUGCAGGCUAAGCUCCAGGAAUAUCUUGGGAGGAAAGAGCUAGACAAACAUCUGGAUGCUGAUGAAGCUAUAGUUCUUGGUGCGGCACUGCAUGCUGCGAAUCUAAGUGAUGGAAUCAAACUAAAUCGUAAGCUUGGAAUGGUUGAUGGUUCUUCCUAUGGUUUUGUUUUUGUGUUAGAUGGACCUGAUUCUUUUAAUGAUGAGAGCAGUAGGCAGUUAAUUGUUCAACGAAUGAAGAAACUCCCCAGUAAGAUAUUCAGGUCCAUUAUCCACAACAAAGAUUUUGAAAUCUCACUUGCUUAUGAGAAUGAAGAUCCUUUACCACCCGGUGUCACUUCUCCCAUAUUUGCUCAGUAUGAUGUGUCUGGUUUGACUGAUGCGAGUGAGAACUAUUCAUCUCGGAACUUGUCCGCCCCUAUCAAGACAAAUCUGCAUUUCUCUCUCAGUAGAAGUGGAAUUAUUUCUUUGGAUCGGGCGGAUGCGGUUUUUGAAAUAACAGAAUGGGUGGAAGUUGCUAAAAGGAAUCUAACCCUGGAGAAUUCAACUACUACUUCCCCCAACAUAUCAGUUGAAGCUGAUGCGAAAAACUCUUCCGAAGAAAAUAAUGACAACUUGCAUGUUGCUGUUGGGUUCAGUAACAUAUCAAAUUCUAACAUGGAAGAGCAUAAUACCAUGGAUCUGAGUACAGAAAGAAAGCUGAAAAAGAGGACAUUUAGGGUUCCACUUAAGAUCGUUGAGAAGACAAUGGGGCCUGGAAUGCCCCUUUCAAAAGAAUCUCUUGCUGAAGCUACUAAUAAACUGGAAGCAUUGGACAAAAAAGAUGUGGAGAGAAGAAGAACUGCAGAGUUAAAAAAUAACUUGGAAGGAUAUAUUUAUGCUACUAAAGAAAAGCUUGAAUCAUCUGAGGAGUUGGAUCAAAUUUCUACUGGGGAGGAGCGCCAAUCAUUUAAUCACAAGCUUGAUGAGGUGCAAGAAUGGUUAUAUAUAGACGGUGAAGAUGCUACGGCUACAGAGUUUCAGGAACGCCUAGAUAUGUUAAAAGAUGUUGGUGGUUCCAUGUUCUUUAGACUGAAAGAGCUAACUGCACGGCCAGCUGCAGUUGAACAUGCUCGAAGAUAUCUUGUUGAGCUGCAACAGAUUUUACUGGGCUGGAAGACAAAUAAAUCUUGGCUUCCUGAAGAUAAAAUAAAUGAGGUUGUGAGUGAUGCUGACAUGCUCAGGAUUUGGUUGGAUGAAAAAGAGGCUGAGCAGAAGAAGAUUCCUGGGUUCAGUACUCCGGCUUUCACAUCUGAAGAAGUAUUUACUAAGGUUCUCAAUCUGCAAGACAAGGUUUCUGGGAUUAAUAGAAUUCCCAAGCCAAAGCCUAAAAUUGAGAAAGCUAUAAAAAACGAAACGGAGAGUACCAGGGAGAAUGUGACAAAUCCUAACUCGACGUCUGGGGAGAAUUUCAACCAAAGUCGACGAUCAGCUAGGGACACAGAUGGCUCAUCAAAUGCGAAAGUUGACCCCGAGCCCAAGGUUCACGACGAAUUGUGAACGAUGGAAGUUACAUUCAGGUUCAAAUGUUGAGUAUCUGCCUCUAG